CUGCAACUCCCUCUUCUGUCCUCUUACACAUUUUCUUCAUUUUGCAAGAGGAAUGACAAGUGUACGUCAGCAAAAGAAUUCAAGUUUUGAAAAGGGGAAACUUGCCUUACCUGAAGUCUCGAAGGCAAACCUUUUGCGGGUGGGGGAUAGCUUUUCUGCAGGUUUCGUCAUAUUCAGAGGGACCGACAUGCCUUCGUACACGGUGACUGUUUCCACGGGGAGCCAGUGGUUCGCCGGGACGGACGAUUAUAUCUACAUCACUCUGGUGGGCGCGGAGGGAUGCAGCGAGAAGACGCUGCUGGACAAAGCGUUGUACAAUGACUUUGAGAGGGGGGCGGUGGACUCUUAUGAGGUGAGGGUUGAGGAGAACUUGGGGGAGAUUUUGUUGGUGAAGAUUGAGAAGAAGAAGUACUGGGUGCACGAUGACUGGUACUGCAAGUACAUUACAGUCAAGACCCCGUCUGGAGACCACAUUGAGUUCCCCUGCUUCCUCUGGCUGGUGGAUGACAACGAAGUGGUGCUGCGGGACGGAAGAGCAUUUCUGCCUCAGGACGAUAAGACCAGCCUGGUCAAGCGGCACAGACAAAAAGAGCUGGAAAUGAGGAGGAAAACCUACAGGUGGAAGGAGUGGCAGCCGGGCUUUCCUAUGAGCAUAGAUGCUAACAGACACAAAGACUUGCCCCGGGACAUCCAGUUUGACAGUGAGAAGGGAGUGGAUUUUGUACUGAACUACAGUAAGGCAAUAGAGAACCUGUGUGUGAACCAGUUCAUGCAUAUGUUCCAGUCCUCCUGGAGUGACUUUGGUGACUUUGAGAGGAUCUUUGUGAGAAUCCAAAACACCAUCUCAGAGUACGUGAUGCAACACUGGAAGGAGGACUUCAUGUUUGGCUACCAAUUUCUAAACGGCUGCAACCCCGUAGUGAUCCAAAAGUGCACCAAACUUCCUGACAAGUUUCCUGUCACUGAUGAGAUGGUUUCUGUCAGCCUGGAGAGGGAUCUCACUCUACAGGAGGAAAUAGAGGCCGGUAACGUCUACAUAGUGGACUACGAGGUGUUGGAAGACAUCCGACCCAACUGCACAGACCCGUGCACGCUGCAGUACCUGGCAGCUCCCAUCUGUCUGAUCUACAAGAACAUUAAGAACAAGCUCCUCCCCAUAGCCAUACAGCUCGGGCAGACGCCAGGGAAAAGCAACCCCAUCUUCCUGCCCACCGACGCCGAGUACGACUGGCUGCUGGCGAAGAUCUGGGUGCGCUCCGCCGACUUCCACCACCACCAGAACAUCACACACCUGCUCAGGACCCAUCUGAUGACGGAGGUCUUUGCCGUCGCCAUGUACAGGCAGCUCCCUGCCGUUCACCCUGUAUUUAAGCUCCUUAUCCCACACAUCCGUUUCACGAUGGCCAUCAACACCAAGGCCAGAGAGCAGCUCAUCUGCGAGUGCGGCAUCUUCGACAAAGCGAACGCAACGGGUGGAGGCGGCCACGUCCAGAUGAUUCAAAAGGCCAUGAAGUCUCUGACUUUCCGGUCUCUGUGCUUCCCGGACAUGAUCAAGGCGCGUGCUGUGGACGACAAAAAGGAGCUGCCCACCUACUUCUACAGGGACGAUGGCUACCAGGUGUGGGAGGCCACCAAGAGUUUUGUGUCUGACGUGGUGCACAUUUACUACACCAGCGAUGAGACGCUGCAGAAAGACGAAGAAAUCCAGGCCUUCGUUAAGGACGUGUGCAGCUUCGGAAUGCAGGACUUUGAUCACUGUGAAUUUCCAAAGUCCCUGAAGUCACGCGAGGAGCUGACGGAGUAUCUGACCGUCAUCGUGUUCACUGCGUCGGCCCAGCAUGCAGCGGUCAACUUUGGACAGUACGACUGGUGCUCCUGGAUCCCCAACGCCCCGUCCACCAUGAGGAGGCCCCCGCCCACCCAGAAGGGCCUCGCAAACGUGAACCUGAUCAUCGAGAGCCUCCCUGACCGCGGACGUUCCAGCUGGCACCUGGGGGCCGUGUGGGCCCUCAGCCAGUACCAAGAGGGAGAGCUGUACCUGGGCAUGUAUCCCGACGAGCACUUCAUAGAGAAGCCAGUGAAGGCGGCCAUGGAGAAGUUCAGGAAGCGGCUGGCGGAGAUCAGCGGCUCCAUCAAGAGGAGGAAUGACGGAAAGAAGCUGCCGUACUACAACAUGUCCCCCGACAAAAUCCCAAACAGCGUGGCCGUCUGAGGGCGGAAGUCACGGAUCUGCGAAACAUUUGGCCAACAUUGAGGUUUUAUCACGGUCACACAAGUGUGUAACUGACUUUUACUACUGCAUAUUAAAAUGUACUGAAAAAGAAACAAAAAAAAGCCCAAAAUUGACUUAAUGGUUAUUGUGCUUUUUAGUGUAAAACAUCAGAUAACACUGAAAUAUCUACUUUUUAUAUAUUUUGUGACUAGUCAAAUGUAAAAUCCUCAUACAUUUAAAUCAAAAUUAGAAACAUGUGGCUUACAUUGAAAGACACAAAAGCGUUAAAAGAAAACUUCAUUUUUAUUUGGUUGUUCUUUUUAAUUCCACAUACUUUGUUCAAUAAUGGGAAAUUUAACUGAAAACACAACAAUAUUUAUUUUUAAAAACAUAAGUACGUUUACAAAUUUACUGUUACUAUAAGUAAACUCACAGACAAACUUGUGGAAUGAUAUCAUAAGACAGGGGAACAGUCAUAUAUGUUCAAGUCCAGUCAGUAGUAAACAAAUGUGCACGUUACACUAUUCCCAGACACGUUUAAACGCAAGCGGCAGGUGAAGA